GUUCUUGCCCCGACAAAACAUGGAAGCAUAUCAAUUCCGAGUGCUUUAAGGUUAUGGACAAUACAGAAUUUUAUGACAAAGCAUUUUCUUCGUGUCGAGAGGCGGGAGGGGAACUCCUUCCUUUCGGAAGCAGAUACGUUCUUCUGGAUCUCAAUAUCACAUCAGUCACGUGGUUAGGAAACUUACAAGAAAAUGACAACACCACAUCUGAUAUCAUUAACUAUUAUGAUUGGAAAGAACAAAGAAAUAUAACAUCAAAAAGACAAUGUCCCAAUAUUGAAAGCAGCUCACCAGUCGCUUCUUUCGAUUGCAACAAAAGUUCGACGGUUGUAUGUCAAGCAGUCUUCUCAACUGGGAAAGACGGUAAAGGAAUGCAUUUGAAGAUGUUGGUGGCCAUAAUAAUCUCUGGAGUCAUCCUUCUAAUUUUUCUGACACUUGUGAUCUACAGUGCAAAAAGUCGCCUGGAUAGUGAAGAUAGACAGAAUUCAGAGACGGUGGUCUACGGAAAGUAUACGCACUUACAACAAGUUGAAGAUGUUAAACUUAGUGUUAUCAAAGAACAGCUAGAUCCUGUGCCCAACAAAACUAUCUUAAGUAAAAAACCCGAACAAUCAGCAAUAACAAAUGGAGAACAACGGGGUGUUUCUGGCGAGGAGAGUGUUCGAAUAAAGAACGGGAAAUAUGUACAAUUCUCAGUUCCGUCUGCAGAUUCAGAACAAAUGUUAAAUGACAAAAACUGCUGAUUUAUAAGAAAAAAGCUUAGAAUCUGCCAUUGACUUGCAUAAGUUCUAAAUAUAUGUACCAGUUUUCCAACAACUACAUGCCUGUGAAAAAUCCCAUUGUUUCUUUUUCAGUGUCCCAGAAAGACAAUCGAUUUAUUUUUGAAAAUAUUUUUUCGCGUUUUAUAUAAAUUUUUUUUUAAUAUUUUUUAAUGGAACCCCGUUUUAUUUUCUUUGAACCUUUACUUUGUAAAAAAUUGUUUGGUUUGACUUACCAUAAUAAUUCCCGCCCAUUAUUACACAGUGUUGUAUUCUCUGACCCAGGGCGGGGUCCAGUCUUAUUGCAGUGGCCACAUUUGUAAGGGGUCCCAAACACACCAAUGUCAAACUGUCUAUAAAAAAUAGCAAAAAUUGAUGAGCUAAUAAGCUUUAAUGUGCUGACCAAUGUUCACAAUAUUCGAGUGAAUCUGAAGAGGGUAUCAAGCACUAAAUGGUGACAACAAGGUGAAAUAAACUAUUAGUUCCAGGUAACAAAA